AUGGGCUGUUUGCGUAUUCCGUGCCCGCCGGAGAACCUCCUGUUGGAACGCAGCUGCGACAGUGAAGUCAUCCUCUUCUCCUGGGCCAACUCCAACAAUUCAAACCUCUACAAAGCGAAAGCAAUCGACUCCAAGGGGGAGGUGCUGGAGUGUUUGACUGAAGAUAACUCCUGCUACUUCACACAAACUCACUGUGGACGACACUAUUACUUCUCAGUCUACUCCAUGAGUGGAACCUGCCACAGCCAAAGCAGCCCCACCGUGGACAUCAGCACAGCUCCUUGCAUGCCCAAAAACCCGCUCACGUCCGCCGACUGUCACACGGACGCCAUGGUGAGUAAAUGGGACUUGGCAGAAGGCGCAGUGAACUACACAGUGGAGGCGUACGGGAACGAGGCCAACAACAGCUACCACCUCUGCACCACGCACUCCAACAGCUGCUCCUUCCAAAACCUCACCUGUGGAUCGUCCUUCACCAUCUACAUCACUGCCCACGACCAGUACUGCUCCAGCCCGCGCAUGCUGGCCCCCGUGGCAAAUGCCGUGCCAUGUACGCCUGUGAAUGUCAUUGUUUCCACGGACUGUGAGGCCAACUCCAUUGCGGUGAACUGGAACAUUGCUCCGGGGGCCAUCGUGUACAGGGCUUCAGCAGUGGAUGAUCAGGGGAACGUCUACAGCUGCUACACGCUGGACCUGACCUGCACCAUCGAUAACUUACACUGCAGCACCAACUACAGUGUGUCCGUAUUUGCCUCCAACCUGAUCUGCAACAGCUCCAUCAGCGACACCGUCCGCAUUGAAACGGUGGCCUGUGCUCCGAGUAACAUUACAUCAACACUGGACUGCGCCAACAACGAGGCCCUGAUCACCUGGACCGCCGAGCCCAGAAUGAAGUCGUUCACUGCCACAGCUUUGGACCAAAACAACAGACUGCUCAGCUGCAGCUCAACCACCACCAGCUGUACCAUCUCUGACUUAGAAUGUGACCAGCGCUACAGCGUAACCGUGGGCAACCAUGACGGCAUCUGUCCCACCAUCAACUCUGAGACCGUCAACAUGGAUUCAAUGGCUUGUGGGCCCUCGGUGGCUGCAGACAUGGACUGUGGGAGCCAGGUCCUUAUGGCUUCGUGGGAGGCUGUGGCCGAUGCAGAAGGUUACGAGGUUCAGCUGUCAGAUGGCACUGUGCAGAAGAACUUUAGCAUCACCAACCCCGCCUUCACCUCCAACAAUCUCCUGUGCGGCAAAACGUACACUCUGAACGUCCGCUCCGUCAUCGAUGGCUGUGUCACGCACGCCACUCAGGUCACGGCCUCACAAGCUCCCUGCCCGCCCACCAGCGUAGAGGCACUGGCCGCUUGCCCGCAGACCUCCGCAAACGUGACGUGGCAAACCAGUGAGGGCGCCCUGUCGUAUGAGGUCACAGCCGUGUCCAGCUCGGGGGCCCAGCUACAGUGCAACUCCACCGGGACGUCCUGCCAACUGGGCCAGCUGCUGUGUGGAGAGACAUACAGCAUCACAGCCACAGCCCUGGAUGGGCAGUGUGAGAGCCAGAGCAGCGCGCCCACUCAGCUGACCACAGAGCCGUGUGCCCCCAGCAGCCUGGCAGUCUCUGUGGACUGUGCAUCCAACUCUGCGCUUCUCUCCUGGCACAGCAGCCCAAACGCAGCCUCGUACGCUGGCACAGGCGUGAGCGAGUCUGGCCACACGGUGAGCUGUGCGGCUGGACCGGACCUCAGCUGCAGCCUAGACCAGCUUCAGUGCGGAGAGGAGUACCGCUUCACUGUCACGGCCUCUGAUGGAACCUGCCAGAGCGCGGAGAGCCAGGCCGUUCUCCAGUCCACUGCUCCGUGCGCCGUCACCUCCGUCUCGCACACGGUGGAGUGUACCAGUGACUCCCUGCUCACCUCCUGGACGCCUGCACAGAGCGCCCUGAACUACACGGUGAGGGCGGAGAACGUGGAUGACGGGUCGGUCCUGAGCUGCAAGACGGAGCAGUCCGGCUGUGUCCUGGACGGUUUACCCUGUGGAGAGCAGUACACAGUGACGGUCACCCCCAGCAGCAGCUCGUGUGUGGGGCAGAGCAGCGAGGCCCAGCGGGUCAAUACAGCUCCAUGCGUCCCGAGUAACAUCGUGGCAGAGAUCCAGUGUUCGGACAACAGCUUGCACUCGUCCUGGGACAAGGUGCCCGGGGCCACCUCCUACUUGGCAACACUGAGUGGAGAUGGAGGUUUCUACCAGGAAUGUCCCUCCAGGGUCGGCUUCUGCAGCUUCAGCAGCUUGGAGUGUGCCCAGAGCUUCACCCUGAACGUGACCGGAGAGAACGACCGCUGUAACAGCAGCGCAACUCUGGAUGUUCAGAGCGCCCCGUGCGACCCCACUGACGUGACGGCCUCUCUGGACUGUGUGUCGGGCGUGGCCUUGGUGAGCUGGACGGCGAGCGCGGGAGCCCUGUCCUACACGGUCUUGGCCCAGUCCAAUAACCACGAGGCCCGCUGUGGGACAGACACCACCUCCUGUGAGCUGCCCAGUCUGAUCUGUGGAGAGGCGUACGCUGUGAUCGUGCUGGCAGCAGACAACACCUGUAACAGCAGCGUCCUGACCACGCUGACCAUCACCACAGCUCCAUGCCCUCCAGUGCUGCAGGACUUCUCUCUGGACUGCACCACAAACGUUGCAGUGGUGCCCUGGGUCAAGGACGAGGAUGCCCAGUCGGUCCUGGUCAGUGCCGUGUCCAGCCUGGGACACUCCACCACAUGCAGCUCGGACAACAGCAGCUGUGUGCUCAGUGACCUGCAGUGUGGAAACUCCUACACCGUCACCGCAGUGGCCAAGGGCGUGCAGUGCAAGAGCAAGCCCAGCGCGCCUCUCACCAUCACCACGGCGCCUUGCACUCCGGAGAACAUAGAUUUCACAAACUCGUGCGAGACGGGCAUUGCCAUCGUGACGUGGGACGACAGCCUGGGCAGAGAGUCGUUCCGUGUGAGCGCCACCUCAGCCACGGACGUGAAGACCUGCCUCAGCGACAGCACGGACUGCUCUAUUAGCUCCAUGCUCUGUGGUCAGCUCUACAAUGUGAGCGUGUACGCCAUCGCUGCCCACUGCAACAGCAGUGUACCCGCCUUCACCCAGAUACAGACAGCCCCGUGUGCACCAGAGGACGUCGCGGUCUCUCUUCUGUGUGACAACAACACUGGCUCUGUGAGUUGGAGUCCCAGUCCUGGUGCCGUGUCCUACACCGUCAAAGCCCUGGGGCGAAGUGGGCAAGCGCCGCUGACGUGCUCCAGCGACAACACGUCCUGCGACAUUCCCAACAUGCAGUGCGGCGAGACGUACAGGUUCACAGUCACGCCCUUCUCCCUCGAAUGCCAAGGAUACGACAGCCGAGAAAUGGAGUACCUGGCAGGCCCCUGCCCUCCUUCUGACUUCACCGUAGACCGGCAGUGCAGUGGGAAUGUGGCCGUGGUCAGCUGGAACCCCGUGCCUAAAGCAGAGUAUUAUGAGGCGUCCGCUUUGGAAUUGGUCACUCCACACACUCACAAUUGCAGUUCCAGCAGCACCACCUGCUCCAUCACCGACCUGCACUGCGGAGAGACUGUGGCCAUCACGGUGCAAACCCGGGAGAGGGGCUGCUGGAGCCAACCCAACCAGGCCUUUCUGUUCGAAGCAGUCAUUUGCCCACCGACCGGUCUCACUGCAGUGACCAAUUGCAGCAACAAUGACAUCACAGUGAGUUGGGACUCCAGCCCAAAGUUAGGAGUGACCUACUACGUGGACUCGGCCCAGCUCGGAGCCUCCUCUCAGCAGUUCAGCAGCUCCAGCACGUCCCAUGUGAUCACUGGUCUGCAGUGUGGACAGCUCUACACUCUCCAAGUCUCCGCACAGUACCAGGAGUGCACUAGCGCGCCCAGCAGCACCAUCCAAGCACAGACAGCGCCCUGCCCGCCCACGGGUCUGGAAGCUUCCACCGACUGCGGCACAAGCUCAGUCACGCUGAGCUGGACCCAAAGCAGCCGUGCCACUGACUACACAGCCACCUUCACUGGGGCCAACGGGGACGUGACCUCCUGCUCCUCCAACUCCAGCAGCUGCACCGCGAGGCUGGACUGUAGCCAGCAGUACACCGCCGCGCUCACCGCCUCUGAUGACGCGUGUUCCAGCAGCAUUCCCGCCACACUCAUCUUUAACUCUGCUCCGUGUCUUCCUGACAACGUGGUAGCGACACUAGACUGUGACACCAACUCGUUCUCAGUGUCGUGGGAUGGAAAUCUCCAGGACGGCCCGUUCACGGCGCAGGCGAUCGGCAGCGACGGCUCCCGUGUGUCGUGCAGCUCGGCGCUCAACAGCUGCUCCAUGAACAGCCUUAAGUGUGGCCUCCAGUACAGCAUCGUGGUGACCACUGCGGACGUGGACUGUGGAGAGAUCACUGACUCCAACUACAAAGCAUACUCAGCUCCCUGUAAGCCUGAGGCCAUCUCCCUGGACCUGGACUGUCUGACCAACGAAGCUCUGGUGACCUGGGAGGGGACCGGCCCGGAUCAGGAGCAGGAAGUGAUCGCUCGGGACAUUAGAGGAAACACCAUUAGCUGCAUCUCCAACACCACCCAGUGUGCUUUCACGGGCCUCACCUGUGGCCUCAGCUACAGCAUCAGUGUGGUGGGGAGGGCCAACACAUGCACCAGCACGCCCACCCACGGACCCAUGCUGCACACAGCUCCAUGUCUGCCCAGUCAAGUGAAGACCACAUUCGACUGCGCGACCGGCGUCACCAUCGUGACCUGGGAUGCGGCCAACGGAGCCACGUCUUACAUUGUGGAAGCCCAGGGCAAUCUGGGCCACAGCGAGCAGUGCACAGGAGCUGACAGUAACUGUGCCUUUGCCAGUCUGGCCUGUGGGCAGGACUACAACAUCACCGUCCAGGCACAGAACAGUGAAUGUACCAGUGCGGUCAGCGAGACGGUCCAGUCCGCCACAGGUAACACAAAGCUGCCCACGUGUUCUCAGAACAUUCUUUAA